UGGGUGGGCGGAGGAACGUGCGAAGUGCGGUGCAGAGUCGAAACUUUAAUUGAUUUUGAUUAGCUCAAUCGCACCACGAUUUUUAUCAUCAACGCCUUCAAGCAUCGAAGAUAACGACCCCGCACCCUUGAGAAUCGAACGGCACCGAGGUUUGGGCUCUCGCAUGUGUAGUGUGGCCAAGCCAAGGCAAUAAUUCAAACCAAGCACCACUUGCCGUCACGAUGGGGUUUGCUGCGAUAGCGUAACGAAAGUGUUGGUGAUAAUGGGCGGCAGAACGGUUGACAAACGAAUAAGGGGUGAAGAUGAUGGGUCGGAUUCGCGCGGUCGGUUGUGAGAAUGUGAUCAGCAGUAGAGGUUCCGCGUGAGCGCAAGAACCUUCCCACGAGGCACCAACAGCAGCAGCAGCAGCAGCACCACCACCACGGCCAUCAAUUUCGAAAAGGCGCCCGAGUGGCAACCAAAAAACCGACAAAGACAGCAGACAGCAGUCGUCGAUCUCAUCAAUGGCGCAAUCAUUUACCUGGUUUCCGGUUAACCAUCUUGGAAGCUCGAAGAGCAAUGAACGACUCCACGGUUCGAAGGAAUACCCGUCGGUGCCAUUGUGUUCAGUCAACGAUGUGCAACUUCGUUUUCUCUGCCCCGAUGAUCUUGAAGAGGUGCGCACUUUGUGCCAGGAUUGGUUCCCGAUCGAUUACCCUUUGUCCUGGUACAUGGACAUUACCUCCAGCACACGAUUCUAUGCACUGGCGGCGGUGUACAACUUUAGCAUCAUAGGAUUAAUCGUAGGAGAGAUCAAAUCGUACAACAAACUCAACAAAGAGGAUCGGGGUAUAUUGUCGGAAUCCAUGGGCCGCGAUGCUGAAAUUGGCUACAUAUUGUCACUCGGUGUACACCGGAAGUACCGACAGAACGGCAUCGGUUCAUUGUUACUCGAUUCUCUCGUCAAUCACCUGACAACGGUAGAAAGGCAAAAGGUAAAGGCAAUAUUUCUGCAUGUGCUCACGACCAAUCGCACCGCCAUUCUAUUCUACGAGCGACGAGGUUUCGUUCUCCAUUCGUUCCUGCCUUACUACUAUUCGAUUAGGGGAAAGUGCAAAGAUGGUUUCACUUACGUCACGUACAUCAACGGUGGCCACUCGCCUUGGUCUCUAUACGAUUAUUUGAAGUACUGGUGCUCGUUGAUCUUAACUGCCGGAGGUCUUUGCUCGUGGCUUUGCGGUCGGAUGCGGACGGCAUUCCGAUGGGCUUGCUACCGCACUGUCAGCCGGUUCAACCUGGAACAGGAUGAGUAGAUCCAGCAUCUUCCGCAUCCCCUGCAGUACGGUAAGUGCAUCAGGUUUCAUGUAACUUCCACAUGAAAGGCAGCAGAUAUGCUCCGAAGGGAUCCAUGUGCGUGAUGACAAGCAUCCAACAUCUGCCAUUUGCGCUUCUCCGUUUCGCCAUUUCAUCAAGAGGUAACUCAACUAGUGUUAUUACCCAGUACCAAACUAAAAUAUGGUUGAUAAGUAGCACAUCGGGUGGGUAGGGAAUAAUUUUAACACAACUCUUCGUAACGAAAGACAUCGUGAUUACGAGAAGUUACGAAUUUUUACUAUACUUUUCCAUCCAACCACAGCUCUAGACGAAUGUCAUUAGAUGCCAUUUUGUCGCCUCGGGAAACAGGUUAAAAGCAUUUUGAUUGUGAUAUCCUCAUCCUUUUCCGUUUUGCCAUCGUUUGCUUGGCCAAUUGUGAGACAUAAAGAAGAGCGGACAUUGUGUUGUACGUACUUCGAAUCGACCAAAUUAAGAUCAAAACGGUAAAGCCACAAAAUGUAAUGCAUAGACAGCUAGGAAUCAUCUAAGUCAAAAUCGGAACAAAUGUAUAGAGCAUCGGUUAAAGUGACGAAUGUAUUGUAAGAACACAUAAAAUAAUGAAAAUAGCUAACAAAGAACGGAAGAAAAACUUUUAUAUUACAGUAAGGUAAUAGCAGAAAGACCAUACAGAUGACUUGUUGUAUCGAUUGUCGCGUCUUGGUGUAGUGUAACACUACUGCGGAGGAGAGCGGACAUGCCGACAGAAACUAUAAAGACAUUUAACGAUGUUUCGUUGUAUAGCGGAAGUAUAGCCAAUUUUUCUUACAUCAUUUCUAUUGGGCUUGCCUACCUACACAGGUGCUUCUUUGAGUGUUUAUAAUUAUGCUAUCAUAAUCCGUUAUCAAGAAGAGUUUACAUUUUGUACCGUUCCGCAUGAUGAGUUGACGAUAGGUAGAGGUAAAUAAAGACGUUUUCCGUUUAAAAACUUCAUCUGGAGAAAGAGAAAAAGGCAAAGUAGCGUGGACAAAACGGAUAUAGUGGUGUAAAAUAUUGUUGCAGAUAUUUAUUGAACGCGCAAAACGGUCAGUUGUACUCUGAUAGAUGCAGAGCUUAGUAAAAAGCGAUAAUGACCGUACAGAUAAUGGUAACCGCGAAUCGUUUAAAGAGAGUUAUGCCAAAAACAAACUAUAGUUUACUGAAAUCCACGUGGAUCGAGCACCAGCCACGCGAAAUGUUUCCUUAAAAUAAAACAAACAAUAGAAAACCAUUUUACAAUUGAAUAUUG